AUGAUCGAUCAAGAUCAACACGUUCUCACUGACACUUUCUCCUCCCCAGCGGGCCGAAACGGCGGUCACUGUGCUCCUUACUCUUUCUCCGCCCUCCCCGAAUUGACCAAGCCACUAUCCGAAGGAGGCGCCGGUCUCAGCAUCGACGAUGCGCUGGAUGUGCUUGAUCUAGAGAGAAGGGUGUUGUUGUGGGUCGAAGAGACGGUGCAUAGGGAAGGAUGGGAGAUCGAUCUCUGGAAAGGUGAAAAGGUCGAAGGUGCGCCCGGUUCCCUCCUUGCCAUUGCACAGAGGAUGGAUGGCCUGUACAAGAAGUGGGCGGAAGCAAGGAACAAGAGCGAAAAGUACAAGGAUAUCCCUCUCGAAUGGUCUUGGACAUGGGACGAAAAGAAAGCCCAAGCAGAUACAAGGUUCAAGGGCGCUGUAGCAUACUCCAAAGGUCCUGCCGGCUCCAUCCAUCCCCACAAACUCGCAAGCGCCUUCUUGCGCUCUGCGCUCAAAUCCGGCCAGGCCGAGCUCUACUCAUGGGUCCCGGUACAAGGAAUACAGAAGGUCGACGGCGCAGCGACAGUCGAAAAACAGAGUGAGAAUGGAUUGUGGGAGGUGAAUCUGGGGAAAAGAGGGAAGUUGAGGGCGAGGAAUGUGGUGAUCUGCACCAAUGCCUAUACACCAGGGCUGUUGAAGGGGACCGACAUUGAACGAUUGUACGCCCUCUUCCACUCCACCCGUCGUCGUCACUGA